AUGCAACAGACCAUGCCAGUGGCGCCUGGGAAGCGGUUUAGGAGCGAUGAAAUCGAGAUAUCGCUUUGUGAACAGAAAGAUGUAGACCGCAUCGCCGAAGGCCUUUACACAUGCUUCCCCGAAGUCUGGUGGUCUAAAAUGGAACCUCCGUCAAUGCGGCCGCCCUCUCAAUCCACCCGCGAACGCCGCCUAGCAAAACGUCUCCUUCCCUCCUUCAGCAACCCCAACAUGAACUGGGUCAAGGCCACCCUGGCAUCCACUGGCACUAUCAUUGGCAUAGCAGGCUGGAUGGCGCCCGGAAACCCCAUUCACAACAUCUGGCGACGUUCUGCGACGGCCGCGUACAACUACCAGGAACAGAUGUCCUGGAGCGAUGAGGAAAUCGCAGAGAUGUGGGAGGGUGUGAAUCUAGAAGCUUGGGAGGCACAGUUUGAGAAGGAUGAUGGCCUUCGGCGGGACGUGCUAGGGGACGAGGGACAUUGGUAUCUCGGGCCGCUUUUCACGUUCCCAGAGUUUCAGGGCAGAGGGGUUGGGAGGUUACUGUUAGACUGGGCGAUUCAGAAGGCAGAUGCUACAGUCCCAGUUACACCCUUGUAUCUGGAGAGUGCGCCAACAGCCAGGGCGGUGUAUAUGAAGGUCGGGUUUGUCUCGGUCGGGGAACAUAAUUUUCUGAGGAGGGGACCGCGAGCGGUUAAGAUGGAAGAGAAUGAAAAAGGCAAGGUUGCGGAGGUCAAGGCGGUGGAGGAUGAGGUGGAGGAGGCUGCUAGAAGACCGGAUUGGGUGGGAAGUUGA